UUGAAUUUUGAAUUUUGCAUUUUUAAUAAACGAUACCCAGCUGUCUCUGUCAACUACCACCAACUAAUUAAUUUCCUCACACAAUAAAUUCCACCCUAUCCUGCUGGCAUUGUUCUCCCCACGUACACCCAACCAAGGUCAUUUCCGUAACUUCACCUCACACGUCUCUUCACCUAUAUAAACCUACUACCGUCUCUCACCCUUUCUCUCUCCUCACAAAAAAAAAACACCCCCAAACUCCACCGCGAAGAUCGGCCAACAAAAAAUCAGAAAAAAAUCUAUCUUCACCCCCCCGCCCCCCGCCGCCGUAAUGUCGUCCCAGCAAAUCGCAUCCCACCGCGAAAACGCCGAAGUCUACACCGGCGACGCCGUGUGCAAGCAGAAGUCACUGGAGCUGCUGGAGAAAAUCAACAUGCCCAAAGGCCUCCUCCCACUCGAAGACCUAAUUGAGGUAGGGCACAACGAGGCCACCGGAUUCGUGUGGCUGAAGCAGAAGAAGAGCAAGACGCACGUGUUCCGCGCAAUCGGCCGGAGCGUCUGGUACGACACUGAGGUCACGGCGUUCGUCGAGGACCGUCGGAUGAAACGCCUCACUGGCGUCAAGAGCAAGGAGAUCCUGAUCUGGGUCACCAUCUCCGAUAUCUCCAUUCAAGACCCUGCUUCCCAAAUUACCUUCGGUACCCCUACUGGACUCUCCAGAACUUUUCCUGUCUCGGCGUUUGAGGAGAAGAAUUGAAUUAUU